AUGGUGAGUGUCGAAAGCGAAUUAAGCGUCGAGCCGGAAAAGGAGGAAAUAGGCAAAAGACUACCCUUGGAAAUGGAUGAAAGGGGAAAGUUGGCGAUGAUGUCCAUAGCCGAGCUGCGAAACAGCAAAUUGCGUCAUGAAGAUAGUAGCCCUUUGGCAAAAAAAUCAGUCAGUCAACUAUUCACUCGUCUUACUCAGGAAAUACAAGCAAAUCAACCCAAAGAUGUAAUUCACUUCAUUGUCGACUUCCUCUGCAGGCAUUACCCUGAGCAUUUACAUGGUUUUGGCCACGUUUGGAAUGGCGACCCUGAUUUAAUGAAUGAUCGAAUAUCUGUUGUCCAAUUCUUCAAGUUCAAUACUUUACCUCUGGAAGUAGCUUCUCACUUCACAAACGCCGGAUUCGAUACACUAGAGACAUUGGCAACCUUAACAACCGAUUCCUUAGUAGAGAUUGAAAACUUUUCCAAAGCAGAUUGGCUGCCCGGACAUAAGAUCAGAUUGCAACAGAUUUUUGGCGACAUUGUCACUUACAUAAACGCGUACAAGGAGAGUUUGAACGCCACUCACUCCUUGCAACCAUACCACAAAGUUCCAUUCCCUAUGUCACUCAAAAUUUAA